AUCACUUUCUGUUUGUCAGAAGCUAUGAGGUACUGAGUGUUAAUCAAAUUAAUGAUGUAAUAUAUCCGUAUAUACUACAGGGUUUUAUGAUAAAUUCUUUAAUUUCAUUUUGCAAUAGUAUUGCUGAAUAGUAUUUCAUAUAACUGAGCAGCAGGAACAGAAGGUUAAAAAGUGAUAAAGAAAAAAUGUUAGUGUCUGACAAAUGUAAAGAAAUGUCAGAAAUUAAGUGUUUUUGAUAAGGAUUCUAGACGACUGGUAACUUUUGUUUUACAGUAGGAUUUAUAAGAAUUUCAUGCUAUUUUACACACUACGAAUUAAGAAUGCAGAGAUUUUUAAAUGAAACUGUUUUAAUUGUGCUUAUGAUUUGGUUGGAUGUUACUUCAUCAUUAAUAAAACCAGGGAGAAGAGUUUGUCCAAUUUCACGUGCUUCAUCUCAAGUAGUUCCGUCACCUCAAACUUACAUUAGACCAUUCAUUAUACCAUGCAAUGGGGAGAAAUGUAGUAACUCAAGUCGACUAGUUUAUAAAGUAGCUGUACGAACCGUGUUCUAUCGUCAAGUUGUCCAUGACGCUGUGAGGAAGUGCUGUCCAGGGUGGACGAACUUUGAACCAAAUGAUGAACUAUGCAUGAAGCCUGUGUGUAAAAGUGAAUGUUUAAAUGGAGGCUCAUGUAGAGGACCUGACUACUGCGCAUGUCCACAAAACUUUACAGGUCCUUUGUGUGAACUAGACGUGAAUGAAUGUGAUACUGGGAACCACAAAUGUCAACAAUUAUGUAACAAUACCGUUGGUGGUUAUUCUUGCAGUUGUUAUGAUGGAUUUCGACCAACAAACGACAGAGAAUGUGAAUUUUGUCCGUUAUGCUUAAGAGAGUUUGAGAGCGUAAUGAACAAAGUUGAUGAACUACAAACAAGACUAAAGACUGUGGAAAGUUCAAAGGAAGAAUUUAAGGACGAUGUUCAGGACUUAGAAAGAAAUUACCGCGAAGCAAUGGAUAUGGUCGGAGAACUGAGAGCUGCUCAGACAAAAGCUCCGUCUACAACUCCAGCGCUAUCUAAAGAUGAGAACCGAAUAAACCCAAGAAAUAAUUUUGAACUUAUUACAUCUUUGAGUGAUCAGCUUGGUGCCAUUGAGGAACAAAUAGGUUUCAUGAUGGGUCAGAUAGAUUCGGAUGAUGAUGACCAAGGACGAAGGCGAGGACGUGGAUAAGUGUCAUAUUGUAUAUGCACUAACAAUAUGGGAAGAAGAUCUACAAAAGCACUUAAAGAUAACAUUGGCAAAACUGACAAAUUUUUGCCUUAAAAAUACAUUGUGUUUCUGUGUUUUA